ACCUCUUCCCGAGCAACUUUGGCGCCCCCAGCCUCUAACGACGCCCCUUUCCAAAAAAUAUUCCGCGGAUCUGAUCUAUCUCUUUGAUGAUCUUCUGUUACAGGACAAAUACUGAGCUCCGAUAAACAAGAAACUUGAAUAGCCAAUAGUACAUAAUUAAGAAGCUGCAAUCUCCCGGAAAACGAGAACCAAUUAUUCAGCCAAGUCCGCACCCUCCUACAGUCCUACUAGUGUUACGACUACCAUCCCAAAGUCGACAGCAUAAGGAUAGCUAACAGCGUAGAGAAGAAAAUAAGAGCUGAAGCGUCCAAAGGAUCCUUCACAUUGAAAUCGCCCAACUCUACUGGUUCGUCUGCUUCGGUGUCUUGAUUAGGGCUCGGAUGCUAGAGGGAAUCGAAAGACGCUAUGGCAAACAGAUAUUGGGUUAUAUCUAGUUUAUUUUAACUAUUAAUUGUACUGAAAUUUACAGAUUAUAUAGUCUUAUUGAGGAACUACUCGGGAAGAAUCCAGCAACUCCGAUGAAUCGCGCUCCAUUUAUGUCGACGGACGCUCGACCUUGGGCUCCAAUGCUACCUCCUCAUCCGCCUUUGUCCAGCACUUUUUGGGCUACCAUUAAUGUGCAUGAUCGCCUUCAAGAAUUGCAUUAUACUAUCGAUAUUGCAAAAGCAAUGCAGAAAGAAUUAGAGAUGUUGAUGAUGAUCAAAGAUGAUAAAAGGUCUAUGGAGGAGGAAACAGAUAAUGUGUCUAAUGAAACUUCGGUUUGUGGGUUUGCUAAAUUUCUCAAAGAAAAUAGGUUUAAUUUGAUGUCACGAGAGCCACUUUCAUUGGAAGCUGCAAAUGCCUUAAUAUCAAAAUUACGAGCUCAGCUUGAGCCAUUUAAAGUUGUCACAGAUGAAUUGAGUCCUUGGGAGGAAAAAUCUGCACCAGUUAGAUUAGCUAAUAAAAUACAGAAGUCCAAGAGAAACAAAAUUUGGCGGAAAAGAAAGAGAAAACGUGUUGCAGAAAUGCUUGCAAAGGAGCGUGAGCAAUUUGAUCAAGUUGAUCAAGAAGCUGAUGAAUGGAGGGCUAGAGAGAUUGCCAAGGAUAUUGCAAAACACAAGGUAGAAAAGAUGAAGGAAAUCGCAAAGCAUAAGGCAAAAGAGGAGAGAGAAAGAUUAGAGUCUGAGCUUGAGCUGAUAUUGAUGGUGGAAAAGUUGCAAGAAUUACGCUCCAUCAGAAUCCAAAAAUUGAAAAAACAAGGGCAUUUUUUCCCUGAGGAGGAUGAAAAGUUUCUUGAUAGAGUUCGAGCUGCCGUUGAGGAAGAGGAGCGCCAAGCAAUGGCUGCAGCUGACACCGAGGCUGCUAAGGAUGCUAUUGCAACUGCUGAGGAAUCUAGAAAAAUCAUUGAGCGUCAUGUGCCUGAAUUAAAAGAUUUGAACAAUAACAAAGUUGGAAAUGAGGAAAUUCAUGACCAGACAAUUGACAAUGAAAGUAAAGGAGACUCUAGAACUGUCAAUGACAAAGAAGCUGGAAAACAAGGAUCAGAAUUACAUGGUUAUGGCGGGGCAUAUAAUUCGUUGGCAAGUUUACCAAUUGAGUUUUAUCACUAUUAUCAUGGCAGCAAUACAGAUCUGGGCACUCUUAUAGAGGUUAGAAGAACUUGGGAUGCAUUUAUAAGACCAGGAGGAAGCCGAAUACCAGGUCACUGGGUUCAACCACCACCACCAGCAGAUGAGACAUGGGCAUCCUACCUAGUGAAGCCUGAAUGACUUCUCAAGUAUCUGGACUACAGAAUUUUUUAGUAGUGACAGAUUAAUGCGGCACUCUGACAGCAAAAGUUCAAUCCCGAGUAUAAUCGUGAAUCAGUUGGUUCAGUCAUAAGGCACAGACAUACAAGGCAGAAGUUGCCAUGACGAGAGGAGUGCACAAGUGCAGCAGAGGUAUGUCUCAGUAACAUUCGACUUUUGAAGGAACGCAAAUGUCUACAGCAGCAGCCAUAGAUGGUCUGGCGUCGACUGCAGUCAACUUAUGUGCGGUUUUAUAAGGUGGUGUCUGGUUCUCAAUUCAAAUUUUAAUCAGAACCCCUUCAAUUAGAGGGACACUGAACGUUGCAACUCUCGCUGAUUGUUGAGGUAUAAGCAUGCCCUGAAAGAUGCGAUGAAGAGUUCAAGUACACUAGUUGGAAAAAUAGAUUGUCAUUUCAAAUCAUGCUUUGUUUUCAUUAGAAAUGCAAGGCCAAAAUGUACUAAAUGUGUAGCUGUUGCAUGGUAUGAUGACCACCAUUUAUAUAUUUAUUAUUAUUAUUAUUAUUUUUUUGACACAUUAUUAUUAUUAUUAUUAAUAUU